UCAAUCGUAAGCGACUCUCGAUUGAACGAAUAAAAAGUUCUACAAUUUAUUUAACUUUUAUUAUUUUAUUAUUUUUCGCCGAGUCGGUAUUAUAAGAUUCGUCAUUAUCAUAUCACACAUCGCAUCGCAUACCCCACUAUAGCUGAUAGCUUUCGUCUUGUCGUCGUCGUUGUCGUCUUCUUACUACUCGGCUGGUGGUUAUAUAGAGUAGGUACUUUAUACUUAAACGAUCAAUUAGUCGAAUAGGUGUACCACUGCUAAGUCAAACGCCAACGCCGAGCGACGCCGGCCACCAGCAAUAGCACCAGAGCACUAGAGAACCACCGACAAUAGCAUUCGCCGCCGACCGCGACAAUUCUCAAUCUGAUCGUUUCCUACUUUUGACAUAAAACCAACAAGAACCCGGGAACUUUUGCCAAAAACCAAAACGUAAUUUAAAAGAAAAUUUAAACUAAAAAAAAAGAAAGUAUUAGUAAUAAAUAAAAGAAUUAUACAUUUUUAUUGUAUAAUCAUCAAGUGAUUAUUGUUUCGUCUUCGCGUUCGGUCCGUUGACGUCUAAUUACCGUUAUUAUUUUUAGUUACUUCCUCGCUUGGUCCCUUUUAAUUAUUGUUUUCUUUUAUAAUUCGCUCAUUUGACAUUUCUUUUUGUUUUAUGUGUUUUACUUUUUUUUAAAAAAGUUAACAUGACUAUCAUAAGUUCGACGCGAAAUAAAGGACUCGUUCUUAGUGACACUAACUCAACAGGGUAACAUUUAACAAAUAAAAUUUCAUCUCGAUUCAGAAUAAUUAUUCGACGAGGCUAAAAAUUUAAGAGAGAGUGAUGCAGUGUGAACGUACCCAAAUAAAUUAUAAAUAAAUUAUUGUUUAUAAUUAAUUAUUUUUGGCACUUAUUAUAUUUUUGUAUAUUUUGUCUGUGAAGAAAUAAUAAUUUUUGUCGUCGCGUCGUCUUCAUCGUUUUGUACCUGUUACGACAUAGAAUUUUAUGCGAGGAAGAGUGGGAAGUUUGCCCACCAAGAUCAUUAAUCAAACGAUAAACAGCUUCAGGCCAUCAUAGGGCUGAAAUACAAUACGAGAGUAUUUUUAUUGUUGGUGAAUCAAAUAACUCGACGAAAAAUACACAACUUCAAGCCUUAAAUCUUUAAUACAUCUGUCGCAGCCGCAGUUUAACAUCAGUUAUCGUGUAGUGUUCUUAUAAAAAUAUUAUCUGUUUAUGGAUCGCUUUAAGAGAACUUUAAAUCUUUACCAAAGAUCAAAGGAUUUAUAGUAUUUUGCCAUAAUUGUUUGUGAGAUCAACAAUCCCGCGAACUUUUUGUCGUCCAUUAUUUACCCGCAACAGUAUACUCAAGUUACCUUUUUAAAUUUGCAACAACAAAUCCAGUCAAAUCUAUCUUGUAGAUCCUACAUACGUAUUAUACUAAAGUUAUAAAGCCAAUUAACUUUUAACGGCAACAGUAUUCUAUUAUUUUAAGAAAUAAACAAAACUAAGAAAAAACUACUGCAAAAUGUCGAUAUCAAAGGAGAAAAUUUUCGAGGAGAAGGAAGUCGAGAAGCCACAAACUCGAUUCGCUACAAGAUACUUUGUAACGUUCAUGUUGUUCCUUGGCAUGGCAAAUGCUUAUGUCAUGAGAACUAACAUGUCUGUUGCUAUUGUUGCAAUGGUUAAUCAUACGUUUGUUAAUAUGGACAAUGAAGAAGCUAUUGACAACGAAUGCCCUGGUAACACUUAUGAGACUGUGAAAGAAGAAGAUGGAGACUUUAAAUGGAGUUCAAGUACACAAGGUUAUGUACUAUCAUCGUUCUUCUAUGGCUAUGUCUUAACCCAAGUACCUUUUGGUAUAUUGGUUAAAAAAUACGGAGCAUUACGUUUUCUUGGCUGGGGAAUGCUGGUCAACUCAGUAUUUGCCUUUUUAGUUCCUGUUGCUGCACGUAAAUUUGGUAUUAUUGGCUUGUGUUUAGUUCGUUUUAUUCAAGGCCUUGGCGAAGGACCCAUCGUACCGUGUACACAUGCCCUAUUGGCCAAAUGGAUUCCACCCACCGAAAGAUCUCGUAUGGGAGCUGCAGUUUAUGCAGGUGCUCAAUUUGGAACAAUUAUCUCGAUGCCAUUGUCUGGCUUAUUAGCUGAAUAUGGUUUUGACGGAGGCUGGCCUUCGAUUUUCUACGUAUUCGGUUUAAUUGGUACAAUUUGGGCAAUUGCGUUCUUGCUGCUUGUCUAUGAGGACCCAUCAUCACAUCCGACCAUCGAUGAAAAAGAAAAGAAAUACAUAAAUCAUUCACUUUGUCGAACUGAUGAUACAAUUAUUCCACCAAUUCCCAUUAAAGCUAUUCUAACAUCAAUGCCAUUCUAUGCAAUUUUAUUGGCACAUAUGGGUCAUAAUUAUGGUUAUGAAACAUUAAUGACAGAGUUGCCAACUUACAUGAAACAAGUAUUGAAAUUCUCAUUGAAAUCCAAUGGAAUACUUUCGGCUCUUCCAUAUUUGGCUAUGUGGCUCUUCUCGAUGUUUAUUUCAUUUAUUGCUGAUUGGAUGAUCACUUCAAGUCGGUUCUCAUUGACAGCAACAAGAAAAAUCAUAAACAGUAUUGGUCAAUAUGGACCAGGAGUGGCUCUAAUUGCCGCCUCAUACACAGGCUGUGAUCGUGCACUUACCCUUGCUAUCCUGACCAUCGGUGUUGGUCUCAAUGGUGGUAUCUAUUCUGGUUUCAAAAUCAACCACUUGGAUAUUACCCCUCGUUUUGCUGGUUUCUUGAUGGCAAUUACAAACUGUUCUGCUAAUUUAGCUGGUUUAUUAGCACCAAUUGCAGCUGGAAAUUUAAUUGAGGGCAAGCCAACAAUGGGUCAAUGGCAAAUUGUAUUCUUCAUAGCUGCCUUCAUUUAUUUAAUUUGUGGUACAAUUUAUAACAUUUUCGGUUCUGGUGAACGUCAAUGGUGGGAUAAUCCAGCUACAGAUGAAGUACCACAAACAACUCUAACAAACGGAGCCAAUUUAGCCAAUAUGCAUACAGUAAAUGCGGCUGUGUUACCAGCUGGUGGAAUAAUUAAUAAUUAUUCUGAAACUGGACAUUAAGACGUUAAAAUUUAAAAAUAUAAAUACAUUAUAAUUUAUUUCUCUUUAAGAACUCCUAUAUUAUAAAAAUAUCUAUAAAAUAGAUUCACUCUAUAUGCCUUAAAGUUUAAGCAAAAAAAAAACAAACAACUUAUUUUUACGAAAAUUAUACAAAGUAAGAUUUAAAAAAACAAAAAAGAAAAUAGAAUUGUGUUCUCUUUCUCACUUUAUUUCAGCGAGAAUGAGAUUUUGUACGUAAUUUUUUUUACAUUCAUACAUAAAAACUUCCAAUUUAAUUUUUUGUUAAUUUAAAAUCUGCAAAAAUUUAUUAUGUAAUUUAAAUGAGCGAAAAGAAAAUAAUCAUCCUAAUUGUGAUACAUUCAAUGAAAAAAUAACAAAAAAAAUACAUAUUUAUUAAAAUUCUAAAUAAUUCCUAAAACCAACGAAAAAUUUGUUUUUUUUUUUUUUAUUUUUGAGCAGGGAAAGUAAGUUUAAACAUUGGCUUACAAUUUUAGUUUACCAAGUACGAUAUUACAGUUUACUUACUAAAAAAGUUAAGUUACUUUAUUUAAAGUAUAGGGCUGGAAUGCGUUAUCUUUCAAACUAAAUUGUUAAACCAAUUUUUUUUGUUUCAGUUGGAAGUCUGACAUUUACGAAAAUGCUCAAACACCUACUGAAGCCAGUUGACCAUUCACAACGUUCGUAGUUACUUCGAAUGGGUGUUUGAACAACAGGGGGUGGACGGUAAUUUUUCGAAACAAAUUUUCUUUAUCAACAAAGUACAUUUCUCACAAAUUAAUUAAUUAAUUAAUAAACAAAAUUGCCGUAUUUAGGGUUCUGAGAAUCCUUGGAAUGGAUGAGAGGCCAUUAUAUUAACAAAAAGUAACUGUUUGAUGCGCUCUUUGGUCCAGAGGUGUGAUUGGACCUUGCUUUUUCUAAAACGACAAUGAAACGACGGUCACCGGUAAUUCGGAGCGUUAUGGUCACAUGAUAAUCUAUUUUUUUUGCCUGCUAUUGAAGAAUACGACUUGGAGAAUAUUUGAUAUAAACAAAACGGUGCCACAAGUCAUCAUCCAACUUAAGCGAAUAUGACUUCAUUAUAUAUAUAUACCUUUCCUGGCGGACAUUUUUUGUGGAGCUACGCAAUUUUGCAGAUAAAUCUUUAACUCUUGAGCACUUAAAACCCAACAUUCUUUAAGUUAUAGCUGAGAUACCACCCAGUAUGUCAAAAAGUGGUGGAAAAUUACUUGAAAAAAAUUGAUCGUGGUUGUGAUUUAAAUAAUAUAGUCUUACAAAUAUAAUGUCAACGUUCAAAAUAAUUUACAAUAAAAAAGAAUCAUCAUGAACAAAAAUA